AUGUUUUCAAUUAUUUUUACUUUAAUUUUUCCGAUUAAUUGUGCUACUUAAAUUGAUAUCUUUAUUGAAAGCCAAUGUCCAGAUACUGUUAGAUUAUUUAAAAGAAUGAAAGCCCUGCUUGAUUAUGAAUAAAUUUACUAAUAUGUUGAAUUUAAUUUUAUUCCAUUUGGAAAAGGAAAUGAAAAAUUAGUGAUAAAUCAAGGAUAUGAAUUCAACUGUUAACAUGGUAACAAAGAAUGUUAUGGAAAUCUAAUAGAUUCAUGUGUUUUAGAACAAUUAGACUAGAUUGAUUAAUUACGUUAUUUAACAUGCAUACAUCAAGAAAAAUAACAAAAUGAAGAAUUAAUUAAUUUAAGCCUUAAAAAAUGUGUUUAAAAUUAAGAAUGUGUAUAUGAAAGGUCAUUAAAAUGUGCAUUAUCUAAAUUUGGGAAUUAUUUAUAACAUAAAGCUGCGAAAUAUACACUUGCAUAAAAUCUAGUUGAAAUUCCAUGGAUAAAUAUUAAUGGUUAACAUAUACCUGAAUUUGAUAAGAAAUUCAAACAAAAUCCAUUAAAAGCCAUUUGUGAAUAAAUUGAUUGUAAAACAAUCAAAGUAAACUAUUGA